GACGUGGAUGUUGCCUUGGCGCUCCCUUUCUUCUUCUUCUUCUCCACAGCCUCCGUCCUUCCUCUCUCUCUCUCUUCUAUUCCUCUCUGUGAAUUUAAAAAAAAGAAAAAAAAAAAGAACCUUAAAACUUUUCUCUCUGUUUCUGAGUGAAGAUAAUGCAGUCUUUUUGACUAUUUCGUUUUAGAAUUUCUCUUGUCUACUUUGUCCCCCUUUUCUCAAUUGAAGAUAGUAUACUUUCUGUUGUGAAUUAUCGUUUCGCUGCUAAGGGAAGGAAGGUUGUCGGAUUUCAGAUUUGAAGGACUUUUUUCCUGGAUCUCGUCAAUUCAUGAUCAUCUCUGAUUAGAACCUUUGGAUUUGCAUGACUACUUCGGCCGAUUUUCUUUAGUCUCCGAAUUUCAUCAACUUUUUUGUUUUUGACGAAGAGAAUAAAGAGAGAGAGGCAGAGAGAGAGACAACCAUUUAGAAUAAGUUUAAGGGAAUAAGGAAGCAAAGUUAUGGAGAUGAGGAUAUUGGACUAUGCAGAUCGAAACAGCAGUUACCAAAAAGUGCUUCUUCUUUUUGUUUGUAAAGAAACAUUUCCAGAUAAAUUUGUUGCGGAUUCAUCUAAAACGAGAAUAAAGUACUGGAACUUAUUAUGUAGAGAAGAAGAACUGCAGACAUCUUCAGUUUCAAGGGUUAUUUUGUCCUUUAGUUAACAGAUUAAUCUGGUGAGAUGGAUUUUGUAAUUAUUUUUUCCAGGGUUAAAGAUGGAUUUUGCAAUUUGCUCUCGUUAUGGGUGUAGUUGACACAGACGUGAACGAACUUCUAGAAAUUAGGUUUCGACAUUGGUGCGACCAUGGGAAACAACGAUGAAGGAAAGUCCUCUAAGUCUGACAAAUCAUCUUUACCAGUGCCAACGGAUCAGACCAAUGUUCAUGUCUAUCCCGAUUGGGCAGCCAUGCAGGCAUAUUAUGGUCCUCGAGUCGCUAUUCCACCAUAUUAUAAUUCUGCUGUGGCCUCAGGCCAUGCUCCUCCCCCCUAUAUGUGGGGACCACCACAGCCUAUGAUGCCACCUUAUGGGGCACCUUAUGCAACAAUCUACUCGCAUGGGGGAGUUUAUGCACAUCCUGCUGUUCCUCUGGCUGCGGCCGCUGUGGAAACACCUACCAAGUCCUUGGGAAAUUCAGAACGAGGUUUAAUGAAGAAACUGAAAGGAUUUGAUGGUCUUGCAAUGUCAAUUGGCAAUGGUACUGCUGAGAAUGCUGAUGGUGGGGCUGAACCGAGACCGUCCCAGAGUGCGGAGACUGAAGGUUCCACUGACGGUAGUGAUGGGAAUACAACUGGGACGGAUCAAACUGGACGGAAAAGAAGCAGGGAGGGUACACCAACCAUUGCAGGUGGAGAUGGGAAAAAUGAGGCAAAGUCUAAUGCAAUCGUUCCUGUGGGAGAGGUGACUGCAACUGUUUCUCCUAAUUCAAUUGGAACUGUAAUUUCUCCUGGCAUGACCACAGCUUUGGAGCUUAGGAACCCUACCACCAUGAAUGCUAAGUCCAGUCCCACGAGUGUACCUUGUGGAGUAAUGCCUUCUGAAGUCUGGUUGCAGAAUGAACGGGAGCUGAAACGGGAGAGGAGGAAACAAUCUAAUCGAGAAUCUGCUAGGAGGUCAAGGUUGAGGAAGCAGGCUGAGACUGAAGAGCUUGGUCAUAAAGUUGAAUCAUUGACUGUAGAGAAUGCUACACUCAGAUCUGAAAUAAAUCAACUAACUGAGAAAUCAGAGAAACUAAGGCUAGAGAAUGCUAAUUUAGUGGAGGAACUGAAACAUGCUCAGCUGGGACAAGCGAAGGAAAUUAUUAUGAACAACAAAGACAACAAAGAAGGUGAAAUAUAUGAGAAAAGCUCCAACUCUGGUGCCAAGCUCCAUCAACUCUUGGAUGCGAGUCCUAGAGCUGAUGCAGUGGCUGCCGGCUGAACAAGGAGAAAAUGUUGUACGUGAGAUAUUUUUGACGUAAAAUUGGAGGCAAUCGUGUAGCUUUGGCAUAAUUACAAGCCCAAAACUACUGCUAACAGUUAGCAGAGGGAUGAAAUAGUUUGAUAGGAUUGAAACUUUAUGUUUCGGACAGCUCUUUUACUCUGUAAGUUAGCUCUCUCAUGGCAGAACUGAUUGUAAUUUUAUUUGAAAAUCAGAGUGCUGAGAAAGCCCUGAAAGGUAGUGUACAUUAACGAGAAUUAGAGUUUUCAGUUUAGGAAGAAAGGGUGUCGGAGACCUUCAAUGUGUAAUCUCUACUGAUUGUGCAAAUUUUUAUUGACUCAGCGCUGUAGACUGUUUGUGAUAUGUGAAAAUGAGGAAAUGCUACUCCUCCCCAGUUUGUCUGA